GGGGCUGGGGAAGAGAGAUCCGCGGGCCACGGAGGGGCGGCCGGCCCGGAGCCGGGAACACGCAGAGCCCGGCGGCCGGCCGGCGGAGCGGACCGAGGUUGCUCCGUGGGCUGGCCUGGGAAGGACCGCGGAGACCCCGGAGCGCCCGCGGCUGAGAGGACUGUGUGGUGAGUUGGACGGAAGCGGCAUCCCUUGCCAUCCAUCCAGAGCUGCCUGGUCUCAAAUAUAAUCAUGGCCAAGCCUUAUGAAUUUAACUGGCAGAAGGAAGUCCCUUCUUUUUUGCAAGAAGGAGCUGUUUUUGACAGAUAUGAAGAGGAAUCUUUCGUGUUUGAACCCAACUGCCUUUUCAAAGUGGACGAAUUUGGUUUCUUUCUGACCUGGAAGAGUGAAGGCAAGGAAGGACAGGUUCUAGAAUGCUCCCUCAUCAACAGUAUUCGGUCCGGAGCUGUACCAAAGGAUCCCAAAAUCCUGGCUGCUCUUGAAGCUGUUGGAAAAUCAGAAAGUGAUUUGGAAGGCCGGAUAGUUUGUGUCUGCAGUGGGACGGAUCUAGUGAACAUUAGUUUCACGUAUAUGGUGGCUGAAAAUCCAGAAGUGACUAAGCAAUGGGUGGAAGGCCUGAGAUCCAUCAUACACAACUUCAGGGCCAACAACGUCAGUCCAAUGACAUGCCUCAAGAAACACUGGAUGAAAUUGGCAUUCAUGACCAACACAAGCGGCAAAAUCCCAGUUAGGAGUAUUACUAGAACAUUUGCAUCAGGAAAAACGGAAAAGGUCAUCUUUCAAGCUCUCAAGGAGUUAGGUCUUCCCAGUGGAAAGAAUGAUGAGAUUGAGCCUGCAGCAUUUACUUAUGAAAAGUUCUACGAAUUGACUCAAAAGAUUUGUCCUCGGACAGACAUAGAAGAUCUCUUUAAAAAAAUCAAUGGAGACAAAACUGAUUAUUUAACGGUAGACCAAUUAGUGAGCUUUCUAAAUGAACAUCAACGAGAUCCUCGACUGAAUGAAAUUUUAUUCCCAUUUUAUGAUGCUAAAAGGGCAAUGCAAAUCAUUGAGAUGUAUGAGCCUGAUGAAGAUUUGAAGAAAAAAGGCCUCAUAUCAAGUGAUGGGUUUUGCAGAUAUCUGAUGUCAGAUGAAAAUGCCCCAGUCUUCCUAGAUCGUUUAGAACUUUACCAAGAAAUGGACCAUCCGCUGGCUCACUAUUUCAUCAGCUCCUCCCACAAUACCUAUCUCACUGGUCGACAGUUUGGUGGGAAGUCUUCAGUAGAAAUGUACAGACAGGUCCUCCUGGCUGGUUGCAGAUGUGUUGAACUUGACUGUUGGGAUGGAAAAGGUGAAGACCAAGAGCCUAUAAUAACUCAUGGGAAAGCAAUGUGCACAGAUAUCCUUUUUAAGGAUGUAAUUCAAGCCAUCAAGGAGACUGCAUUUGUCACAUCGGAAUAUCCUGUGAUUCUCUCCUUUGAAAAUCACUGCAGCAAAUAUCAACAGUACAAGAUGUCCAAAUAUUGCGAAGAUCUAUUUGGGGACCUCCUGUUGAAACAUGCGCUUGAGUCACAUCCACUCGAACCAGGCCGACCCCUGCCGUCUCCCAAUGACCUCAAAAGAAAAAUACUCAUCAAAAAUAAACGGCUGAAACCCGAAGUUGAAAAAAAACAGCUUGAAGCUUUGAAAAGCGUGAUGGAAGCUGGAGAAUCCGCUGCCCCAGCUAACAUCUUAGAGGACGACAAUGAAGAAGAAAUUGAAAGUGCUGACCAAGAGGAGGAAGCUCACCCUGAAUUCAAAUUUGGAAAUGAACUUGAUGACUUGGGUCACAAGGAAGCUGUUGCAAAUAGUGUCAAAAAGGGCCUGGUUACUGUAGAAGACGAGCAGGCGUGGAUGGCAUCUUAUAAAUAUGUAGGUGCUACUACCAAUAUCCACCCUUAUCUGUCCACCAUGAUCAACUACGCACAGCCUGUAAAGUUUCAAGGUUUCCAUGUGGCUGAAGAACGCAAUAUUCAUUAUAACAUGUCCUCUUUCAAUGAAUCCGUUGGUCUUGGCUACUUGAAGACACAUGCAAUUGAAUUUGUAAAUUAUAACAAACGACAAAUGAGCCGGAUCUACCCCAAGGGAGGCCGAGUCGAUUCCAGUAAUUACAUGCCUCAGAUUUUCUGGAACGCUGGCUGCCAGAUGGUGUCUCUGAACUACCAAACCCCAGAUUUAGCGAUGCAAUUGAAUCAGGGGAAAUUUGAGUAUAAUGGAUCCUGCGGGUACCUUCUCAAGCCAGAUUUCAUGAGGCGGCCUGAUCGGACAUUUGAUCCCUUCUCUGAAACUCCUGUGGAUGGGGUUAUAGCAGCGACCUGCUCCGUGCAGGUCAUAUCAGGUCAGUUCUUAUCAGAUAAGAAAAUUGGCACCUACGUAGAGGUGGAUAUGUAUGGGUUGCCCACCGACACCAUACGUAAGGAAUUCCGAACACGUAUGGUUAUGAACAAUGGACUCAAUCCCGUUUACAAUGAAGAAUCCUUUGUAUUUCGGAAGGUGAUCCUGCCUGACCUGGCUGUCUUGAGAAUAGCAGUGUAUGAUGACAACAACAAGCUGAUUGGCCAGAGGAUCCUCCCGCUGGAUGGCCUCCAGGCAGGCUACCGACAUAUUUCUCUCCGGAAUGAGGGAAAUAAACCCUUGUCACUGCCAACAAUUUUCUGCAAUAUUGUCCUUAAAACAUAUGUGCCUGAUGGAUUUGGAGAUAUCGUGGAUGCUUUAUCAGAUCCAAAGAAAUUUCUCUCAAUUACGGAAAAGAGAGCAGACCAAAUGAGAGCUAUGGGCAUUGAAACGAGUGACAUAGCAGACGUGCCCAGUGACACUUCCAAGAAUGACAAAAAGGGAAAGGCCAACACUGCCAAAGCCAGCGUCACCCCACAGAGCAGCUCUGAGCUGAGACCGACCACCACGGCCGCCCUCGCUUCUGGCGUGGAGGCAAAGAAAGGUAUUGAACUCAUCCCUCAAGUGAGAAUAGAAGAUUUGAAACAGAUGAAGGCUUACUUGAAGCAUUUAAAGAAACAGCAGAAGGAACUAAGUUCUUUAAAGAAGAAACAUGCCAAGGAGCACAGCACCAUGCAGAAGUUACACUGCACACAAGUUGACAAGAUUGUGGCACAGUUUGACAAAGAAAAGUCAACUCAUGAAAAGAUCCUGGAGAAGGCCAUGAAGAAAAAGGGGGGAAGUAAUUGUCUUGAAAUGAAAAAAGAAACAGAAAUUAAAAUUCAGACACUGACAUCAGAUCACAAAUCCAAGGUCAAAGAGAUUGUGGCGCAGCACACAAAAGAGUGGUCGGAAAUGAUCAACACCCACAGUGCUGAGGAGCAGGAAAUCCGCGACCUGCACCUCAGCCAACAAUGCGAGCUGCUGAAGAAGCUCCUCAUCAACGCCCACGAGCAGCAAACCCAGCAGCUCAGACUGUCCCACGACAGGGAGAGCAAAGAGAUGCGAGCUCACCAGGCCAAGAUUUCUAUGGAAAACAGCAAAGCCAUCAGCCAAGAUAAAUCAAUCAAGAAUAAAGCAGAACGGGAAAGACGAGUCCGAGAGUUAAACAGCAGCAACACUAAGAAGUUUCUAGAGGAAAGAAAGAGACUUGCAAUGAAGCAGUCCAAAGAAAUGGAUCAGUUGAAAAAAGUCCAGCUUGAACACCUAGAGUUCUUAGAGAAACAGAAUGAACAGCUUUUGAAAUCCUGCCACGCAGUGUCCCAAACACAAGGCGAAGGAGAUGCAGCAGAUGGUGAAAUUGGAAGCCGAGAUGGACCGCAGACCAGCAACCAUAGUGUGAAACUCCAAAAUGCAAACUGAAGCGGCAGAACCACAGAGCACCCAAAGGUCACUCCUGAAACUUCUCAACACCAACUCUAUGGAUGAGCACCGUUUUCUGUCAUAUUUCCUUUGUGUGUGGACACAGUGUUGCCUGGAACCAGAGAGACUAGGAAUGACUUACGUAAUAUCCCUUUACCUGUUGAGCAUUGAUUUCCCUUGACAAACCCAAAGUAGCUACAGUUUCUCAAAAAUGUCCUAUUCCAGGAAGGCAGAGUCUAACUAUGGAUAAUACAACUUAAACAUGUUUGCUAUAUAAUACCAUCACAAGUCACUGAGCUUGGUGUUCAAAACUCUGCUUUGUGAUGCAUUAGAACAUGUUUGAGCUGCAGCAAAAAAUAGUGCAUCAGCAACCAAAUAGCAAAUGCAUGCCCUCAAAUCAAGCCAAACUCUGUCUACAAAUUAAUUAGCAGAAGUGGCAGUCUGCUAGUCAAAUACUUUCGCAGAAUUUUUAUACAUCUAAGUUACCUCAUCAGUAAGUGCCAUGUCUUUACCAUGCUAGAAGAGGCUACUUUCCCGUAACAGUUUGGAAAUUGUUAGAACAGUAGAACAAUAGAACAGUGUACCUGUGCCAACAUUCACCAGUACUCAAAGGCGAUUUGUGUUAGGCACAUUUGAGGAAGUUUGCAACUGACAUUGCUUCUUAGACGUUUCUUCUGCAGAUUCCAGAUACUACAAUUCACUAUUACACCAAAAAGGUUGUGAAGUGGUUAUUGGCAAACGUUUGUGAAUGUGACCAUGUAUAAAGUAUUUAUACUUCCUAAUUCACACUAUUUUAGGGCAGAAUCAUCUAAGUAUUGCCACAUGACAAGUUGAAUACUAGAACUAUGUUUGCAUGGUACACAAGCACCAAUUAAGACUAAUCCAUAGAGAUGCAGUUAACCUAAUGCCGAAUAAGUACUGGUUAAAUCAAUGUAUGGCACAGAGUAUAAUUUGACUAUCAAGACUUUUAGCAUACUGAAAAAGUCUAUAUAUAUGUGUAUAUGAAAUAUGUGGGCAUUCUGGGUAUUUCAAGUUCUAGUUUGAAAAAGAUACAUAACUAAUUUAAUUUUACACAAAAAUAUUUAUGCAGAUUUUCAGAAUUUCAUAUCAGGAAAUAACCUUUUUAUGUCUGUUAAAUAUCAAGACAAUUUGCUACCGUGUUCAUCUGCAUGGCCCUUCCGCCAGCUGUAGCUGUGUUGCAGACAGUGCAUGAAAAUAUAUUCCGUUGGGAAGCGAGCCAUGCUGCACAAGCCAAGAGGAGCACACGGACAACUGGCCACUCAUGGCUCAUCAGAUGACUUAUUGGAGGACAGAAUGGAUGCAUAUGCUUGCACAAAAUGAUUCUGUGUUCCUCUGAACAGAGCAGAGAUGAUUAUGAUGCCAUCAAUAUUGGAAUUAAACUCCCACCUUCUCUAAUAAAAAAACUAAAACACAUUUAACAUUCGUCAGAGUAUUCGCUCCUAUAUGAUGUCUUCUAGUAAAUGCGUUGCCUUUUAUGAACUCUCAGAUUCUCGUAACAUGAGAUCAUUUCUUUAUUGCUAUUCUUUGGGAGAAAGAGAAAGGGACAGAGAGAUAGAUGGUCAGGCAGAGGUUCUAACUCAGGAGCUAAAGGUCCACAAUGGUCAGGGUUGGGUCAGGCUGCAGCUGGGAGCUAGGAACUCAGUGCUGGUCUUUAACAUGGAUGGCAAGGACCCCAUCCCUUGAGCUGCUAGCUCCCAGCGUGUACCUGAAUAGGAAGCUCGAAUUGGAGCUGAAUUUGGGACUCAGACCUAGAAACUAUGAUUGUGAUCCCAGCAUCUUAACCACUAGGCCAAACCUUUAUCAUAAAUGAUAUUUUAUUUUCAAAAGGGGCUUAUUUGUGUCUUCAACACAAUUUUGCUUCCAAGUAACAUAAAAGUGUGCAGACUCUAGCUAGCUUUAUCAUGUAAUGAACUGGUUCGC